AUGCCCAGGUUAAGUAACUAUGACCAUCAGAGGAUGGGCGAAUUGGCAUUUCAGAAUUUUGGCGAGAAACGAUCUUCGAGCUCUGUAAGGGCCUACGAGAAUAUUUCUUUCUGGGAUGAAAUGGUAGAAUUGGCACGAAUUUUUGGCAAUAUUCAAGAUCUGAAUAGGGAAUUGGUGAUGGGGAAGUUGUUGCAAUAUGAUGAUUUGAUAAAUCGAGUGACAGAUCUGUCCAGUCAACUCGAAAGUUGGUACACAAGCCUACCAGAACACAUAAAAUUUAGUGAAGAGAAUCUCGAUAGAUUUAGAGGUGUGGGAGUGGCCCGUACUUUUCUCGCAUUACACAUAGGCUAUCAUCAUUAUGGCUCGAUUCUGUACUUUCAGUUUCUUGAUGAAACCCAGUCACCAACCGAGGUUAGAAAGCAUUUCUCCUCAUUAUGCGCAUACCAUGCCUUUUCACUUAGUAGACUGAUAAUGCUAAGUUCACAUCCGAAAAGAGAGUGCAUGCCUCUAUACAAUGCAGUUGGCCACUGCGUCGUUGUAUCAUCAUCGGUAUUGCUUCAUAAGCUUUUAUUUGGAGAGGUCGAAGAGAUUCCGACUACGAGGGAUCACCUUGAAUCUAAUUUUGCAGCGCUAAUACUGCUAAGAAAAUAUUGGUCUAAUAUCGACACCAUGAUAAAUCGCUUGCAGGUGUUCCAAAACGCCUGUAAGUUGUCCAGUGACAAAGCAUUCCAGCUAGAUAAUCGAAUGUUAAGGUUUCUUCUUCAAUAUUCCAUGUCGGUAGAAGAAAAAACAGAUGUCGACACCUUUAUUGAGCAAUCAAACAAGAUCGAUAGGCAUAUCGGUAUUGGAGAUAGUUUGAUGGCGUCAUUGCUAGAGUCGCAACAAAGUAAUUAA